AGGAGCUUUCGGCUCAGCUCCCGCCCAUCCACAAAAACAGUGAGUGGUCAAUUGAAGAUGGCAUCCAGGUCCACCUCCACUAUGGCAUUGGGCGCCGCUGCUGCGGCCUACCUUGGCUCCUCGGCAGUGCAGGCCUUCUUGGCGCCCUCGGCGCCUUCGCCUGCGCUGCGCGGUGCCCCCGGCACCUCCGGCACCUCGGCGUCGGCAUCGUCGUCCGGGUUCAGCGCCACAAGCUUCGGAGCCACCGCGGUGGCCACAGCCGCGCUGGCCUUGGCACGGCGGGGGCGGGGCCUGGUCCCGCGCGCGGCAGAGGCGGAGCCCUUUGCUGGCGGCCUCAUUGGGGGCGAGUCCGCCUUUGCGGGCCAGGACUUCAACUUUGACCCGUUGGGCCUCGCGACGAAGUGCGAGAAGUUCCUGCCCUGGUUCCGUGAGGCUGAGCUGAAGCAUGGCCGCAUCGCCAUGCUCGCCUGGGUUGGACUCGUGGCACCAGAGUUUGUGCGCAUCCCUGGCCCGGAGCAGUGCUAUGGUGCCAAGACUGUGGUGGAGGCCCACAACGCCUGCGCUGGAGACCCAUAUUUCCCCUUCAUCCUGGAUGCAACAGACUUCUACGGAAAGGACGGCCAUCAGGUGGGCCCCCUCUUCCAGGUCUUCGCCUUCUGUGGGCUCAUUGAGAUGCUCACGACCUUUGCCAAGACUGCCAACGUCUCCAACAAGCCGGGCCUGACUCUGGCAAACGCAGGCGAUUACCGUCUGGGGGCCAACUUCCUGCCACAGGACGAAGCCAAGGUCAAGGAAAUGAAGCUGAAAGAGCUGAAGAACGGCCGCCUGGCCAUGCUGGCGUUCGGCGGUGCCAUCACUCAGGCCACCCUCACUGGAAACGGCUUCCCGUGGCUGUAUGCGGAGAAGGAGACCAGCCGUGGCUUCGGCGCGUCCAUGAAGCGCAGCACGCUGGCAGGGCGCAGCAGGAUUGCCAGGCAGGCGGAGAGCGGCUACAAGAUGAGCGCGGCUGUGCCCUUCCUGCCGAUGUCACCAGCCCUUGAGGGCAUGCCAGGCGAGGAGGAGGGCUUCGACCCCAUGGGCUUCUCCCUGGCCAUCGACAUCAAGUGGCUUCGCGAGGCGGAGCUCAAGCACGGCCGAGUGGCCAUGCUUGCCACGGUGGGCUGGAUCGCCACCGACAUGGGCAUGCGGGUGCCCGGGGAGGCCUUCCAGAUCUCCACCGUUGAGGCUCAUGACGCCAUGGUGAAGUUCGGGUCCAUGCCCCAGAUGCUGGUUUGGAUGGGCUACGCAGAGCUCUUUGGCUUCCUGGCCAUUGUGAACAUGUUCGAGGGCAAGACGGACCGCAAGCCGGGCGACUUUGGGCUGCGGGGCUUCUACCCCCAGGAUGCAAAGGGCCAGUAUGACAUGCAGGUGAAGGAGCUGAGGAACGGCCGACUGGCAAUGUUGGCUUACGGAGGCAUCGUCACCACGGCAGUGCUGACGCAGGAGAAGUGGCCUUUCUUUGACGCAGUGGUCAACGCAGUGCCAGACAGCAAGCAGGUCCGUGCUCCUGCCACCUUCUGCGGCGGCGCUGCGCCGCGCAGCGUCUCCCGCACGGCAUGCCACGCUUCUAGCAGCAAGAGCCUGCCCUUUCUGCCAAAGCCGCAGAACCUGGGGGGCCUGGCGGGCGGUGAUGCGGAGUUCGACCCCCUGGGCUUCUCCGACACCUUUGACGUGAAGUGGCUGCGUGAGUCAGAGCUGAAGCACGGCCGUGUGUGCAUGCUGGCGACUGUUGGUUUUGUGGCAGAGCAGUACAUCCAGUUCCCAGGCUUCACCCCUGCAGAGGAUGCUUUGCAGGCCAUCUACACUGCCCCCCCGAACAUCACGGCGCUGCUGCUGUUCGCAUGUGGGUACAUCGAGAGCUCUGCCUAUGAUGGCAAGCUCACCAUGCUUGACAUGUUCGACGGCGAGGGCGCCAAGCGGGCGCCAGGCGAUCUGAACUUCGGCAAGCGCUUCCUGCCUGGUGACAAGGCAGCGGCGGAUGAUCUGGCAACAAAGGAGCUUUCCAACGGCCGCCUUGCCAUGCUGGCAUUUGCAGGCAUGGUGCACCACAACCUCGUGGUGAAGGGCCCGCUCUUCCCCCUCUUCCCGGAGGGCUGGGCGGGACCCCAGUACAUUACCCGUGACACUGCUCACCGGCAAGCAAGGGCUCUUGGGACCUCGACAGCACGGCUGGAGCCCUGAACAGCGGCAGCCUUGGCCUUUGAGAAGGGAUGAGAAGGCGAAGAUUCUGAACCCGCUCGUCGUCUUUUUGAGCAACGCGUCGGUUCAAGGCCAGACGCUGGACCAAGCGUGCGGGU